CGACCGAAGGCGCGGGAUCCGCCGGGAAAUUGGCUUUUCCUUGAGGGUGAUGAACCAGCGUCCCGCAGCAAUAAGCGCCCCGUUUUAAAAUGAUGACCCAGCGAACCUUCGUGGCUGGAUUGUUGAUGCGCGGGGCCAGAGCCACUCGCGUGAUAAGGACCCCGCGCGAACUACUGACCGUCGGGAUUUCGAAGACGCGUACACACGCACAGGUUUUCAAGAUGAGGUCUCCCCGCCGCCGCGGCUCCAUCUCGAGCCCGGCCGAGCGCGUGCCCAUCGUCACGCCCCAGGCCGUCGAGGCCGUGGCGACCGCGGCGCAGCCGGCUUUGAUGUCCGUCGGCUCGCCGCCGCGGUCCCUGCUCCAGAAGACGCCGGAGCGAAGGCGGCCGUCCGUGUCCUUCGACGCGACGAUGUCGCCGGAGCCCGCGCGCCGGAGCUCCGUCUCCUUCGACGCGACGUCGCCGACUCGGACGCGGAGCGGCUCGUUUGCCAUGCGCACGCCCGUGCGGACGCCCGAGCGGCCGAGCCCGACGAGGCCCUGCUACCACCAGGCCGAGUCCUUACUGCUGGGUUCGCUGCGCAAGUCGCUGACCAUAUCUGAGUCUUCGUACCCGCCCAAACGGCGGCGGAACUCGAGUUGCUGCAGCCCCUGGUCCGACGACGACUCCUUUAUUGGUGUGACGAGGCCGUCGCCACGUAGAUGUUCGGGGUCGCGCUCGGCGCUGGCGGCCUAUUUGGCCUUUGAUUCGCCAGAGCCGCCGAAACGCUCUCCAUUUAGGGAGCCCCCUUAUUUGGAUUUGACGGGCCCGGCGCCGCCGCCGCCGGUAUUAGGCACGCCCGUGCGGCCGCGUCCCACGUUGGAUGCCUACCGGACGCCGCCGACGCGGCCCCGGCCCGUCGAGGCACCAAUAGCGCCGCCGGUUUUCGAGCCUCCGUCCGACGACGGAGAAUCGAGCGACGACGCGCCGCCGCCGCCUUUGGUUACGGAGCCGAUGAUGCGCUCGCCGCCGCGGCCGACGCGGCCGCUCGGGCCCGGCAUGGAGCCAGACGCGAGGGAGGCGCUCGUGGCGUUCACCGCGGCAGCGCCGACGACACCGCGCGUCGUGCGGCCGACGGCGCGGCGGGCCGUGGCCGUGGACCUCUUCGCGAGCGCUUGAACGCGCCGUUUAUCUUAUGCAAGUAAAUUACACAUGGAUCU